GAGAGGAGAGUCUCCUUCAAUCUGCCGUCCGUAACUAACGCACACAAACACGCACACAAACACACACACACACUCACACACAUACACACACACACACACACACAUACACACACGCAGUCACUCACACCGAGACUCAAUUACUGCCCAAUUCGCUUCUUCAUCAUCUCCUGCUACGCCGGCCUCUCACGAAACGCGAUCGCGGACGGGAAAGAAAAGGCGAAGUGUUUAGUCCGAGCGGAACCGCGGCGGGAUUACGCCCGGGGCUCCGAACUGACGGUGGAAGAGCAGUGAUGUCACAUAGCUGAGGACACACCCACCCAAUAUGGAGUCUGGAGAGCGGCUGGCCUCACCUUCAUCCACCCCGGUCUCCCUGCACACCACUGCGUCUUCAUCAUCAACCUCUUCCUCAGCGUCCCCAGCCUCCAACACCAAGAGCAGCCUCAACCACGUAGCUGCUGCCUCACUCACCGCCUGUGGCCCUCUGUUUGGCGUGGCAGGCAGUGAUCAGCCGUUCAGUGUGAGCUCUGUACCCUCCGUGCCGAGUGCCUUCCCCGUGAUGGCCCACCCUGCGUUUGGUAUUCUGUCACCAGCCACUGGCCGGCCCGAGUUUGGGUCCCUGGGGCCACUGGGAGUCACUGCAGCUUUGACAGCUCACCCACAGCUCGGGGCUUUCUCAGAGUGGUGGAGAGCAGCAGAAGCACAUGGGCGGAGUCCUGCUGCCUUCUUCCCGCCUUUCCUUGGCCUGCCCCCUCUGUUUGCCCCGCCCCUCCAGAACCACGAGGCCACGCCCUACACCUCCAAAACCCUGAGCAAGAGCAGCCAGAGCUGUAAAGGCGUGAACGGAGCCAUGAACGGGAGCGCCGUCUCGCCGUCCACCACAAAAGGUGGCGUGCCCACAUCAGCCUCGCCCUCGCCCGCGCCCCGCCCCCCGGAGCGAAGCCGCACCCCUGGCUCCAAGCCCCGCCCACGCAAAGCCACCCACCACAGCAACAGUAUGGGAGAGCUCCAAGACAAACCUUCGCAGAAACUGAAGGAGAAGAAACCCCGUAAGAAGCAAGGGGAGGGAUCUGGCAUGAGUGACAGCGAGUCGGGGUCAUCGCUGGACACGGACAGCGAUGGAGUCAGCAGCAGCGACCUGGACGACCUCGGCGAGGAGGAAGAGGACGACGACGACGACCAGAGCAAAGACACCGAGGAGUCUGACUCGGAAAAGGAGGGACAGAGGAAGAAGAACGCAAAGGGAGCCGCACCCACCGCUGGGCUGAGUGAGCAGGACAGUCCCAGGCCUGCGGAGGCGCGGAACCUGCGCGAGGCCCUGCGCCGCAGCACGCCCUCGCCGCCCGCCGCCAGACCCAGAGACCGCGCCGCGCAGCCCACCAGCGUCAUCCAGUCCACAGGCCUGGCCCUGAACGCCAAGCCACGCCCGCUACCGCCGAUGGCGCAGUCCCGGUGCCACGCCUCCCCACAGCACCUCAGCACCUCCCCCAAGCCUCCUACAGCCGCCGCCAAGCCCCUCCUCUCUUCUCAGCAGCCCCUCCCACUUUCGCUUUGCUCCUCCCCCAAACCGCUGUCGGUGCCAUCCCCUCCCAUCCCCCUUCCCCUCUCCUCCUCCCCGAGGCCGCCGCCCCUGACCCCCUCCCCCAGGGCGCAGUCUCUGGGCUCCGCCUGCAAGCCCAAGGCCACACCGAUGGAUGCGGCCAGCAGCCGGAAGCUUCUGGAGAACUCUCUGUCUCACAUCGCUGACUACAGACUGAAACAGUCUUUUCUCCUCCAGGAUCAGGAGUUCACCCUCCAGGUGAGGAAGCAGCAGGACGUGUACAGCAGCUCCUCGAAGAGCGCCGCGCUCCACUCCUCGUCCUCCUCGCCGUGCUCCUCGCUACUCUCCUCUCUCCUGCCCCACAAGCUGACGUCGGGCCGCACCGUGCCUCCCGCCGCCCGGAGCGUCCCGCCGCUGCCCCGGGGCCUCCUCCUGCCCCAGAGCCUCCUGGACCUGAACAAGGCCAACGGCGCGAUCCAGAGCGCGGAGGCGCCGCAGGACACGCCCCUCGCCCUCACCACCAAGCCCCGCCCCGACCUGCCCGUCAACCUCAGCACGGGCAGCAGGAAGGACGGCCCGGCUGUCACGCCCGCCCCCGGCCCACCGGGGCGGCCCCGCGCCUCCCGCAAGAGCAAGACUCCCAAGCCCCUGGAGGCCUGGAAGGAGGUUUCCCAGAACCAUCUUGCGCAACCUCUGGCCGAUCUGUUUCACCGUGGAGCGGGCGAGCGAGGACUUGAGUUCCUCGGCGGCAAGGACUCGGACGAGUCGGCUGACGACGACGACGACGAUGACGAUGUGGAUGAUGAAGAGGAGGACGAGGAAGAUUCAGACGACAGUCUCUCAGAGUCCGACAGCAACUCGGACAGCGAGCUGAACGGAUCUGGCAGUGGGAAGAGGAAGAGCCCGGGAACCACGGAGACGGAAGGAGAGAAGACCCCCAUGAAACUGGGCAAGGGGCUGUCCCUGCUCGCCGCCUCCACCAAUCACGGCCUGCCCGACAUCUCCCCCCUCAACCUGCAGGUCAUCAAACCCUCUGGCGUGGCCACGCCCACAAUCAUCAGCAGCUCCGCUGGAUUGACCUAUCACAGCCCUCCGUGCUCCUCGUAUUCUGUUGGCACCUCCCCAGGCUUUGGGAAGAGGAAGCGUGUGAUGAAUGAAGAUGAUCUAAAGAUUCCUCUAGAAAUGGGCUGGCGGAGAGAAACCAGGAUCAAAACGGUCGGAGGUCGUCUCCAGGGCGACGUGGCAUAUUACGCCCCUUGUGGCAAGAGGUUGCGGCAGUAUCCAGACGUGGUGAAGUACCUAUCCCGAUAUGGAAUUACUGACAUCACACGCGAUAAUUUUAGCUUCAGUGCAAAAAUAAGGGUUGGUGACUUCUGUGAAGCCAGAGAAGGACUGCAGGGUCUGCAGUGGAGCCUGCUGAGGGAGGAGGAGAUCGCCCCCCGCAUCCGAGCCAUGGAGGGCCGUCGCGGCCGCCCCCCCAACGCCGAGCGGCAGCAGAGAGGGGCCGAGGGCGAAGGCUCGGCGUCCCGCCGCCGGAAGGGUCGGCCCCCCAACGUGGGCCACACCGACUUCCCCAGCCCUUCCGAGGCCAAACUACUCCGCAAACUGGAGGCCCAGGAAAUUGCUCGGCAGGCAGCGCAGAUGAAACUGAUGAGGAAGCUAGAGAAACAGGCCCUCGCACGGGCAGCCAAAGAGGCUCGCAAGCAGCAAGCCAUCAUGGCAGCGGAGGAGAGACGGAAGCAGAAGGAGCAAAUCAAGAUCCUUAAACAGCAGGAAAAGAUAAAACGCAUUCAACAACUCCGGAUGGAGAAGGAACUCCGAGCACAGCAGAUCCUGGAGGCGAAACGGAAAAAACGGGAAGAAGCUGCCAAUGCCAGAAUCUUGGAGGCAGAGAAACGCUUAAAGGAGAAAGAACUAAGACGGCAGCAGGCAGUAAUCCUAAAACACCAGGAGUUGGAGAGGCAUAGACUAGAUAUGGUAUGGGAGCGGGAGAGGAGGAGGCAGCACAUCAUGCUGAUGAAGGCCGUGGAAGCCCGCAAAAAAGCGGAAGAGCGCGAGCGUCUGAAGCAGGAAAAGCGAGAUGAGAAGCGGCUCAACAAGGAGCGCAAACUGGAGCUGCGCAGGUUGGAGAUGGAGAUGAUCCGCGAGUUGAAGAAGCCCAACGAGGACAUGUGCUUAACUGACCACAAGCCUCUUCCGGAAUUUUCCCGCAUCCCAGGCCUGGUCCUGCCGGGUCAGGUGUUCUCCGACUGUCUGAUGGUGGUUCAGUUUCUGCGGGCCUUCGGCAAGGUGCUGAGGAUGGAGGUGUCGGAGGUGCCCACCCUGGGGGCUCUGCAGGAGGGUCUGCUCAACCUGGGCAACGGCAUGGGCCAAGUGCAGGACCUGCUAGUGCGCCUGCUGUCCUCAGCUGUGUGCGACCCCGGCCUACCGCCAGGGCACAGGGCCAAGUCCAUCCUGGGCGACCACCUGACCAACAUUGGUCUGAACCGGGACAACGUGUCUGAGGUGCUGCAGCAGUACAUGGAGGCCCACUGCUCACACUCGGGCCAGCUGGCCGACAUCACGCUCAGCCUGAAGACAAAGGCCUUCCAAGCCCACACGCCUGCCCAGAAGGCCUCGGUGCUAGCCUUCCUGGUCAACGAGCUGGCCUGCAGCAAGAGCGUGGUCAGUGAGAUUGAUAAAAGCCUGGAUCAAAUGACGGUUCUAAGAAAGGAUGAGUGUAUCGUGGAAGGCAAACUCAAAAAACUGAAGACCAUCCACGGCAAGCGCACAGGGAAGCGGGAGGGUGGGACCGGAGGGGAGGAGCCUCAGGUCUCGGGCACACCCAGCACCGGCACCAAGCGUAAGAGGAAGGGCGGGGACAGCGACGAAGACGAGGACGAAGAGGACGACAGCGAUGAGGCAGGCGAGGACGACGAGGAGGAGGAGGAAGAGGAGGUGAAGAAGGGAAAGAAAAUAGAGAUGUGUGAUGAGGAUGAGGGCGAUCAAGCUACAAGUGUGGAGGAGCUAGAGAAACAGAUUGAGAAAUUAUCCAAGCAGCAGAACCUGAUCAAGAGGAAGCUUUUUGAGUCGUCCCACGCGUUGCGCUCCAUGGCGUACGGUCAGGACCGCUAUCACCGCCGCUAUUGGGUCCUCCCGCAGUGUGGAGGGGUCUUCAUCGAAGGCCUUGAGAGUGGGGAAGGCCCCGAGGAGCUGGAGAGGGAGCGAGAGAGGCUCCGCAGCUUCGAGGCUGUCCGGGUGAAGGAGGAGCCAGAGGAGGAGAUGCAGGAUGGGGAGCAGGGGGAGGGACCACAAGGGGAGGAGCCACAAGGGGAGGAGCCACCGGGUCUGGUGAAGCAGGAGGAGGACCACCCCGAGGAGGUGAAACAGGAAGACGAGCAGCCCGUAAAUACUGAUCAGGAGCCGCGCGGGGAUGGGGAGGGGGGGGGGGACAGAUGUCCCUCCCUGCCAAAGGAGAUUCAAGAGACAGAACCUCAGCAGCCAGACCCUGCCUCGUCUCAGACCCCACUGCUCAAGGAGCCCCCGAUUGCGUCUGACGAGGGGGCGGCCCUCUGCCACACCUCCAACGGCUGCCCGGCGACCGUCACCCCGGCGACAGCGGUUCCAGCCUCCCCGACUCGCUCUACCUCCAGUCCCGCGGUGCCGUGCGGCGCACCGGCAGACCCGGUGGCGGCCCCGCCCCCUCUGUUCGGGGCUCCGCCCCCUCCGUUCAGCAUUCCUCCCUCCCUACAACAGCAGGCACAGCUCCUGGCCAACGACCAGCUCCUGCGUGUGCUGACCGAGCGUAGCGGCCACUGGUUCAGCCUCCUGCCCCGCACGCCCUGUGAUGAUUCCUCCCUCACCUGGCCGGCGUCACCCCCGCAGGCCUCCCCACAGCCCGCUGGCGGUCCACACGUCCAUGCCAGAACCCCCCCCCCACCCUGUUCUUCCCAUCACCACUUCCAUCCUCCGUGUACUUCCGUAAUCGACGGACCGGGCAACCACGCCAUGUCCCAGGCGCAGCUAAAGGCCAUCGCAGCACUGAUGCCGUUGCCUGUGUGCGGCUGGACUGGAGGGCUGACCAGCGCCGGACUGCCGGCGUGCAGCAGCCCGGUGCCCAUGUGCCCACUGACCGAGGGCAGCCCCAGCCCCCUGCUGGCCCCCAGCAUCUCCACUAGCAAGAGCGGCUCUCCGGCGCCCCCUGCGGACAAGACGCUCUCCGCACCGUCGCCCGCCAUCGACCUGCCCAGAAACCAUGACCACCCACAACCACAGCCCAUACCAGAGGAUAUGCUGACGGGCUGGUGGAAGGUGAUGGACGUGGAGCAGCUGCAGACCCUGCUGAAGACCCUCCACAGCAGAGGCGUCAGAGAGCGGACCCUGCACAAACAGGUCCAGAAGUCCAUAGACCUCAUAACACAGACCUGCAGCAAGAACCGUGAGGUGGCAGUGAUGGAGGUGUCAGAGCUGGACGAGGGCCAGGUUUCUGUGGAGACGCUGCAGGAGUGGUGUGUGGAGGAACAGGCCAUGGAGACGGAUAUCGCCUUACUGCAGCAGGUGGAGGAACUCGAACGCAAAGCCACGUCUGCCAGCCUGCAGGUCAAGGGCUGGGUGCACCCAGAGCCGCAGUCGGAGAGGGAGGACAUGGUCUAUCACGAGCACAAGCCCCUCCCCAAGCCCCGCCCAGGGGCGGAGUCCCAGGAGGAGCGGAGCUCGGAGAAGGGCCUAUGGCGGCGGGCCAGCAACCCGCUGGACAUCGCUGUGACGCGCCUGGCCGAGCUGGAGCGCCACUUGGAGAGAAGGUACCUGCGGAGCCCCUUAGGGACCACGAUCCAGAUCAGACUGGAUAAUGUGGGCACGGUCACUGUGCCUGCCCCUGCUCCAUCCACUAGCACUGGAGGGGAAGGGGGAGAGGAGGAGAUCGCUCCAGGGAUGAAGGUCUGGAGGAAGGCCCUGAGCGAGGUGCGAAACUCCUCACAGCUGGCCAUGUGCCUGCAGCAGCUGCAGAAGUCCAUCGCCUGGGAAAGGUCCAUCAUGAAAGUGUACUGCCAGAUGUGCCGUAAGGGGGAUAAUGAGGAUCUGCUCCUGUUAUGUGACGGCUGUGAUAAGGGCUGUCACACCUACUGCCACAAGCCCAAAAUCAGCUGCAUCCCUGAAGGAGACUGGUACUGCCCCGCCUGCAUCUCCAAGGCAAGUGGUCAGUCACCCAAAAACAAGAAAUCUCAGAGUCGCAUGCAGUCGUCGGGCGGAGGGAAGAAGUCCGCGGAGACGGGUAAGAAGGGCAAGAAGCAGGCAGAGGCGCCCGAAGAGGAACAUUCGGGUGUCGGCGGGGGCGGGGCCGGGGGCGGGGCCACUGGUGGGGCCGGGGGUGGGGCCAGUGGCAGCACCAGCAACAACAGCCCAAAGAAAGCGACCACCACCUCUGGCCAAGCCAAGAAGAGCUCACCUGCCCCACCCCCUGGCCCGCCCGCUACUGUCCCACCCGGCAACAACGCCAACGAGGGACCAGCCUGCGUGAAAAGAGCCAAGACAGCCAGGGAUAACAACCGUGACCUGGGCCUCUGCAGAAUUCUUCUGGCUGAACUGGAGCGCCACCAGGAUGCCGGGCCCUUCCUCACACCGGUCAACCUCAAGUCUGUCCCCGGGUAUCGCAAGGUCAUCAAAAAGCCCAUGGACUUCUCCACUAUCCGCGAGAAACUCGUCAGCAGCCAGUACCAGAACCUCGAGACAUUCAUCAUUGAUGUCAAUCUGGUGUUCGACAAUUGCGAGAAGUUCAACGAGGACAACUCGGACAUCGGCCGCGCGGGACACAACAUGCGCAAGUUCUUUGAGAAGAGAUGGACUGAGCUGCUCAAGCAGACCAACUGACAACUGCGCAGUGCCCUGCGCGUGCGGGACUCAGAACCACACCUCGUCCCUGCAGUUGCCCAUCUCACCUCAACCCGGCUCCGGGCCGCGACUCCGGUCUACACCCCCCCACGAGUCUCUCACACACACACACUCACACACACAACACCCAAAGAGACAGAGGAGAGAGGGUGUCUUUGUGCAAUACCAUUUCCUUGUAGAAAAGUGUGAUCGCACUGAAAUCUUCGCCCAUCAAAGCUGUAUCUAGGGGAAAAAAAAACACUUUCCACUACUUGUAAAUAUUUUUUUUUUUUUUUUUUUUUUUUUUACUUUAUCGUUAAUAUUAUAGUGAAUGUAUUUAAUUUUUUAAAAUAAUUAUUUAUGAGAAAAAAAAAAGGUCCAUUCUUCAUUUUCUAUGAAAAGGAAGAAACAGCAAAAAACUGCUUUAAAUCAAAUAUUUGUGUGUUCUUUCCUCUCCAAAUAUAAAUCCAAGCCAAGAAAAGAAAGGAAUCUCUUUCCCACUACGGUUACGGUCGUCUAGACCCCAGAGGGGGUC